AUGAUACCAGUGACCCUAAGAGGAAAAGAGGCCCACCACGCUGCUACAUCAGUCAGCAUCCCUGCACGGAAGGGAGCUGGGGUGCCCGACCCAGCCCACCAGGUCUCUGAACCGUUUGCCAGCUACGGACGCCAUUGGUCUGUGGCACUGCUGCAGCAAUGGAUUCAAAGCGGUCAUGAGGACGUGGUGACCAAGCAAAGAGAUGAGAAGGAAAGUCCAGGGACCCCACAGGACCUACAGGACGAUUGGGACCGAGGUCGGGAACAGGGUCGGGACCGGGACCGGGAUGAAUCGCGGGCGCAUAGGACCAUCCACAGGAAAUGGAAGGGUUCAUUUCAGACCUUCAGAAAGGAGGUGUGCAUCACGGGUCACUCGGUGUACCCCGGUCUCCACACCACCCUCCAGGAGUACAUGUGUUGCCAAUGCUAUGCCAGGUUUGGGGGCCACUUGCCUGUGCCCUGGGCUGAUGCGCUGCUACCGUACUGGGUCCCUCUGUCCCUGAGACCACGAAAGCAGGUCUCAAAGAUGAUGCGAUGUUCUAUUCCCAGAGCCAUAAGGUCAUGUCGUUGCCCCUGCCACUGCUUUGGGGGCUGCCUUCCGAUGCCCAGGGAUAGGGCUGUUAUGCCCUAUUGGGUGCCCCAGGGGCUGAGGUCACAGAAGAAGGUGGUGAAGAGGCUGGAGAACGGCAAAGACACCCCAGAGUGCUCUCUGGAAUCAAGCAGCUGGUAUGGCUGUUGGCGGGUCUGUGGGGACCGGCGUCUCCUCCUCAAGUGGCAGCAGCUCCAGGCCCUUUAUCAAGAUGAGCUGUCAGACCUUCAGGAGGAUGAGCUGCCCGACCCUCAGGAGGAUGAACUGCCAGACCCUCAGGAGGAUGAGCCCCCUGCUGGCGGCUUAGACUUCCUCCUGCCUGUGAGCUUCAAUCUCCUGACCCUGCUGCAGGCUGUCCUGAGGGCCAUCAUGGCCAUUCGCCAUUUGUUCUGGGACUGA